AUGCUGGCUGAACUAAUCGAGAAAACGGACCUCAUAAUUUGGGAUGAGGCACCUAUGACUCAUAAGCAUGCUUUUGAAGCACUAGAUAAGACUUUGAAGGAUAUAAUGUCCAAGAAAAAUCCACCCGCAAAGGAUAUGACUUUUGGUGGAAAGACAGUUUUGUUGGGUGGUGAUUUUAGACAGUUUUUACCAUUAAUUCCUCAAGGUAGUAGAGCUGAUACUGACGAGAAAGAGUUCUUAGAGUGGCUUCUCAAAGUCAGGGAAGGUAAAUCACAAUCAUCAGAAGAAGAUGAAGAUGAUGGUUACCAUGAGCAAAUGAUAACUGUUGACGACUCAUUGGUUCAGCAGACUAUGGAUGAUCCUUUAAAACAAGUUGUGAAUGCUGCAUAUGGAGACAUCAACAAAAUAAAGAUCUCUCAAAGCUCCUACAAUGAUAGAGAUAUCCUCACUCCCCGAAAUAAGACAGUUGAUGAAAUCAAUGCGUACACAAUCUCCAACACAGACGGAGAUUCAAGAGAUUACUACAGCUGCGAUAACUUUGAAAUUUCCGAUACUCAAUCUGAUCAAAAUGAUGCUCUUUACGCGAUUGAGUAUCUCAAUGCUUUGGAGUUCUUAGGAUUGCCUUCUCAUAAACUCACUCUCAAAAUCGGGGCCCCAGUUAUGCUUCUUCGAAACAUAAACCAAAAAAAAGGAUUAUGCAAUGGUACCCGUAUGAUUCUAAACUACGUAGGCGAACGAGUGCUUAAGGCAGACAUAAUAACUGGCUCACACGGUGGACAUGAAGUCUUGAUCCCAAGGAUUGUUCUCAUGCAUAAUGACACAAAGCUACCGUUCACUUUACGUCGUAGGCAAUUCCCUAUCAGAUUGUGUUACGCAAUGACAAUCAACAAAAGUCAAGGACAAAGUUUAAAGGAGAUUCUCUUAUAUCUGCCUAAACCAGUCUUCGCACAUGGGCAACUAUAUGUGGCCCUCUCACGUGUAACAAGCAAAUCAGGACUAAAAAUCAUUAAAGCCAAAGACCAGCAUCCACAAAAGGUGAAGAACAUAGUAUACAAGGAGAUCAUCAACCACCUCUGUACCCAUGAAAGUAAGUAA